AUGAUCGACAUAAAAGCCUCAAAAAAUUAUAUUGCAUUCAUUAAGAAUUGGAGAUUUCGAUCAUAAGUUUUAUGUGCAUAAACUAUAUCUAUCAUUAUAGUAAUCUUAAUUGGAUCAGGGUAUUUUAUAUUUGUCUAAAGUUUUCUAAUUUAAGAGAUAUCUAAAGAAUCCUUUAUUAUAUUAGCAUAAAGAAUUCUUAGUAAACAAAGUUAUAUAUAUUCCAUUUUGAAUAAAAAAUAAUUAUAGUAAGGGUUGAUGUUAACAAAUACAUCAAUGAAAGUUAUUAAUUCAUUAUUUGAAUAUUAAUAAGUAAUGAACAUUAGAUUUUAAUAUCAUAUUACCAGUUGUGAUGAAUUUUAAAAUCCUUAAGGUUUUUUCACUUUAUUUGCUAAUGAUUCUUGUUAUUGUUAUGGAUAGCCAAACAACAUUACUGAACACUCUUAACAUUAAGAUAAGAUGUCUCUAGGAAAUUUACUAUAAUAAACAUCUCUUAUCUAAAAUAAACUAUAUCGAACUUAUUUUGCAUCAAAUACAAAAGAUUAAUUUUAUGUUUUUUAACCAUGUAAAUAUUAUCCAUCAACAUAUGAUCCUUCAUUAAGACCUUGGUUCAUAAAUCAUAAUCAAAGUGAAAAUGAGGUUUAAUACUCAGAACCUUAUUUUGCAUUCAGUGGUGGUAUUACUUUAACUAAGACUCUGAAUCUAAAGGGACUUAGAAAUGAAAUAAAAGGUAUCAUUGGAACUGAUAUCAUAAUGAAAAUCUUUUUUGCUUAAAAUGAAUCAUGUCCGUUUAAUUUUGUUCUUAUUGAUUCAUAUGGUCAUAUACUAUUAAGCAAUCAUUAUACUAUAAAUUCAACAAAUGUUGACUUUUUAUUAUAAUUAAUCAGUCACAGGAUUUGAUUCUUAAGAUUUCGAAACUAUAAUGAAUUUUUCAAAAGGUCUUAAUUAUAAUAAUUACUGUGAAAUUCCUAUUAAUUAAACCUUAUGUCUACAUGAUAAAUAAAAUAACAUAGACUAUUAUGUAAAAGUUUAGAAAUUAGAAUAAGAAAAUUACUAUUUAAUUAGUAAAUUUGAUUAAGCUUAAUAUAAGAGUAAUGUUGAUAUGAUGAUUAAUGAAAUUAAUUAAAAAAGUUAGAAAAUCAUUUAAGAUUUUGUGUUUGGUGUUAUGGUAUCACUUUUUUUGUGUGGUUGUUGUUAUUUAUUUACAAUCUUUAUUCUAGAAAAACCAUUAUAUAAAUUAAUGAAUUUAUCACUUAGACGAAAUUUAAUGCUCUCCUCAAUUUUUGAAUAAAUAACAUUAUAACACUUUAGUAAUGAUACAAUAGAUAAAUUGGCAAAUGCAUUCACAGGAUUAAUAAACUAUGAUAAUCGUUUAAAAAAUACAUUUAAUAAUUAAACUAAGAAAGAAUUAGAAGAUAUAUUCACAUAUUUACCAUAGAAUGUAACUAUUUCAUAAAAGUUAAUAUUACUUAUAAAAGAGAAGCUACCUGUAUAUAUAUAAAUCAUAUUUAUUGAUAGGAUUAUAAAAAAUAGAAUAAAUCAUUAUUCUAUUUAAAUACACUUGAUAAACUUAAAUUAAUCAAAGAAUUCUUAAUUAAGGAAAGAAAAAUACUUUCAAUCUGA